AUGACCGACCGCACAUCAACUGGUAAAAAGAAGUCUGUCGUGGCCGAUGCUGUCGCUGCAAAAAUUGAAAAGGCUGCUACUGUAGGCAUCAACGUCGACACUGACUAUACCAUCCAUGUUACUGAUGGCGGAGAUACCGUUCGGACUGUUGAACGCAUCUGCCAGGUCGUCACGUCUCCAUCAGUUAAUCGACCCACAGAUGCUCAGUUUUAUUCCUUGAAGGAUCCCUCCAAGCCUGAUUUGGAGUUCCUUAAACAACACUUUAUUCGUGAAGGUCGUCUGACUACCGAACAAGCCGUAUUUAUCAUUAACACUGCAACCACUAUUUUAAAAAAAGAGCCCAACUUGCUUGAUUUGGAUGCUCCUUUGACUGUUUGUGGUGACAUACAUGGACAAUUUUUUGAUUUGAUGAAGCUCUUUGAAGUGGGUGGUAAUCCUGCCGAGACUAGAUAUUUGUUUCUUGGCGACUAUGUUGAUCGUGGGUAUUUUUCAAUGGAGUGCGUUCUCUAUUUGUUUGCGCUUAAAAUAUGGUAUCCCAGUACACUCUUUAUGCUGCGAGGGAAUCAUGAAUGCCGUCACUUGACAGAUUAUUUUACUUUUAAAACUGAGGCAAAACACAAGUACUCUGAGGAAGUGUAUGAAGCAGCAUUGGCUUCUUUUUGCGCUUUGCCAUUGGGUGCCGUCAUGAACAAGCAGUUUCUGUGUAUUCACGGUGGUCUAUCGCCAGAUUUAAAUACACUCGAUGAUCUUCGCCAUUUGAAUCGCUUCCGAGAACCUCCAACUCAUGGGCUCAUGUGUGAUCUUUUGUGGUCUGAUCCACUAGAAGAUUUUGGACAAGAGAGAACAAAUGAGUUUUUUGCUCACAACAGUGUUCGUGGAUGCUCAUACUUUUUCAGCUAUCAUGCGGCGUGUGCCUUUUUAGAAAAAAACAAUCUUUUGUCUAUUAUCCGGGCACACGAAGCACAAGAUGCAGGAUAUCGGAUGUAUCGCAAGACUCGCACCACUGGGUUUCCUUCUGUCAUUACUAUCUUUUCUGCUCCAAACUAUUUAGAUGUUUAUAACAACAAGGCUGCCAUUCUCAAGUACGAAAACAACGUGAUGAACAUUCGACAAUUCAACUGCUCGCCUCACCCAUAUUGGCUGCCCAACUUUAUGGAUGUGUUUACAUGGUCAUUGCCGUUUGUAGGCGAAAAGAUCACGGAUAUGCUACUUGCAAUUCUUAAUAUUUGCAGCAAAGAGGAGCUAGCAGAUGAAGAUGAGAUCCAGCAUGUCGAGGGCGAAGAAUUGACGGAGCAAGAGCAACGUCGUGUUGUCAUUAGAAACAAGAUCAAGGCUGUUGGUCGUAUGGCACGAGUGUUUGCAACUCUUCGUGAAGAAAAGGAGAGUAUCAUGGAACUCAAAAAUGUACUAGGUGUUCAGCAUCUUCCUCCUGGUACACUUGCACUCGGGGCUGAAGGCAUCAAGCAAGCCAUUCAAUCGUUUGACGAGGCAAAAAGGGCAGACGAGGAAAACGAACGUCUUCCUCCACUUUUGGAAGGACACACGGCUUUGUCUGCUUCGUCAUCUUCCGCUCGAUUAGAUGAAGUUCGACCAUCAUCAACCAAGCCGCGCAUCAACCCGCUCAAGUUUGAUGCAAAAUAGCUGAAAAUGCAUAUUGCUACAGCGUCAAAAAUAUGUGGACAUGGAUGCCCAUCCUAUUUUAACCUUAUUAGUCUACCGACGUAUUUUUGAAUAAAACCUUUUACUUUCAUAUUCACACC